UUCGCAUCGGUGGUUUGUGUAGAAAGCUAAUCGCUUGUUAGGUAAUUUCUCCAAAACACCCAAACACAACCGUCUGAAAGAGACAAUAUGGCUUUACAGUACAUGCGGAUCGCUCAGCGAGUAGAGCGCCUUCUUCAGCUUUCAGUGUCAAGGGGAUGUACGCAAAAGGAGGUUCAAAGAAAAAUACACAUGCUUUCGAGUAAAAAAGUUAAAGACCUAAGAGUUUUGAUCAAAGAAUGGUUUGUUCUAAGAAGUGAAGAUGGUUGGAAAGGUUUUGGAAAGGAUGCAGGGAAAAAGAAAGCCAAAUCAGCAAAAGAAAGUGCCAAAGAAACACCUAAAGAGGCGCCAAAAGAAGCUGAAUCAUCAAGAAGCAAAACUAGGGACCCUAAGAGUAGUUUCAAGGGAUUUGGUAAAGGAACACCUGGAGGUCCAAAGUUCCCUGGAGGUCCAGAUAACUUGCAAACUGGACUGGUGAUAGCUGGCUUCCUGGGGACAGUGGCUCUCUUGUACUAUGGCACUAUGUAUAAGGAGAUCACUUUCAAACAGCUUGUUGAGGAUUAUGUGCGUACUGGCAAGGUAGAGUCUUUGUACAUUGUGGAUAAAGAUUAUGUGGAAGUUAAAGUCAGGGCUGCGGUAUCUGAUGGGAAGACUCCGUGGUUCAAUAUUGGGUCAGUGGAAAACUUUGAGAAGAAUUUGGAAGAUGCUCAACAACAAAUGGGCAUAGACCCUUCCAAUUACAUUGAGGUGAAAUACAAGAGAGUACAGGUUGGGCCAGUAGACGUACUUAGAGUUCUUCCUUUGAUCCUCAUCGGCUUAUACUUCUAUCAGACGAUUGCAAAGAGAGGAGGGGCCACUGGUGGACCAUUUGGUGGAAUCAGCAAGUCUAAGGCUAAAAUUGUCCAGAAAGAUACAGGAGUCAAAUUCAAAGAUGUAGCAGGCUGUGAGGAAGCGAAAAUUGAAAUCAUGGAGUUUGUCAACUUUCUGAAGAACCCACAGCAGUACAUAGAUCUUGGUGCCAAAAUCCCUAAAGGUGCUUUACUAAACGGACCCCCAGGGACAGGGAAAACAUUAUUAGCGAAGGCCACGGCAGGGGAAGCAGGUGUCCCAUUCAUUACAACUUCAGGGUCAGAGUUUGUGGAGAUGUAUGUCGGUGUUGGGCCCUCCAGGGUUCGAGACUUAUUCAAGACAGCUAGAGAUAAUGCCCCCUGUAUAUUAUUCAUUGAUGAGCUGGACGCAAUUGGAAAAAAGAGGAGUCAACACUCUUUUGGUGGAAACAGUGAACGAGAAAAUACACUUAAUCAGAUCCUUGUGGAAAUGGAUGGUUUCCAGACAGAGGCUGGUGUGGUUGUCAUGGCAGCUACCAACAUUAUUGACACACUAGACCCUGCCCUCCUCCGCCCUGGUAGGUUUGACAGGCAGGUCUACGUCUCUGCCCCUGACAUCAAGGGCAGGGCAUCCAUUUUUAAAGUUCAUUUGAAGAAUCUAAAAACAGAGCUUGACAAAGAUGACCUAGCAAGAAAAAUGGCGGCCUUAACACCUGGAUUUACAGGAGCUGACAUUAUGAACGUGUGUAAUGAAGCCGCACUGAUAGCCGCCCGCGAUGGAAAGAAGACAAUUGAGAUCUUGGACUUUGACAAGGCAACAGAGAGAGUGAUUGCUGGCCUUGAGAAAAAGACCCAGAUUCUGCAGCCUGCGGAAAAGAAGAUUGUGGCAUACCAUGAGGCCGGACAUUGUGUGGCAGGCUGGUUCCUCCAGCAUGCUGACCCACUUAUUAAAGUCACCAUUAUUCCACGCACCAACCAAGCAUUAGGGUUUGCCAUGUACCAGCCUAAAGACCAGUAUUUAUUCACUAAAGAACAGCUGAUGGACCGGAUGUGUAUGACACUGGGUGGGAGAGUUUCAGAGCAGAUUUUCUUUGGGAAGAUCACCACUGGGGCUCAAGAUGACCUUCGCAAAGUCACCCAGAGUGCAUAUGCUCAGGUUACACAGUUUGGAUUCAGUGAUGAAGUUGGUCAACUUUCGUUCCAAAUGCCACAGCAAGGCGAGAUGGUAUUUGACAAACCUUACAGUGAGGAAACCGCACAACUUAUCGACUCAGAAGUGAGAAGAAUUGUAAAAUUUGCCUAUGAUAGAACUGUAGACUUGUUAACUAAACAUAAGGACUCUAUUGAAAAAGUGGCGCAAGCAUUGUUAGAAAAGGAGAAGAUUGAUAAAGAAGCAGUCGUGGAAUUAAUUGGCGCCAGACCAUUUGAAGAAAAGUCGACUUACGAGGAAUUUGUGGCAGGAACAGGUUCAUUUGAGGAAGACACCACUUUGCCCAAGGGUUUAGAAGGCUGGAAUAAACCCAAAGAAUCAGAAGAACCCAAGGACAAGAAAGAGCCUACAAACACUAGUAAAGAAGUGGCAGUGUAACAGGGAAUUAAAGAACAGUUGCAUUUGUGGGAGAAAAAUGUAAUGACUUAUACAAAGGAAAUAUAGAGUAAAACAAGUUUGUUACAAGUUGAGAACAUCAUGUGAAUUAAAAUGUUAUAGUUUGAGAUGAUUGGGUCAAAAUAUUAUUCCUCAAAGGGUUUAAUACACAUUUUGUUUUAUGACAUGAACUGCUAAUAGAAUUAGACCCAAUAUUGUAUAAAAUCAGGUUUAUGUUUGUUAUAUACAAUUAAGAAAUAAUUGAUAAAUUAUUUUUAUAAUCUGUCACUCUGAGAAAAGGUAAAGAUGACUGUUAUGAAACUGUUUGAAAGAUAAUGUUGACUUUGAAAAUUUCAAAAUGUGAACAGGGUAGUGCUUUCUUUUUAUUGAAGCCAAUACUUAUUGUUCUAUGGUGAAAGACAAAACAUUUGUUGAUAUUUUGGAUUCGGUUUUAUUCUGUUUUGGAUGGUGCAAAUUAAAGCAGUAAUUAAUUAUUGAAUAAACAUCCAAGUAUU